CCGGUCCCAGGCCGGCGCCUCCCGUUGCGCACAGCACAGCGCGGCGCAGCGCAGUUGCCAACACUUCGCCAAGCGCACUUAGGAUUUUUUUUUUUUCACCAAGCCACAGAUCAUCUGCGUGGACAAGCAGCUCCAGUUUCAUGGAUGACAGUGUUUCAGUGCAGUUGAGGUACAGCAGGAGGAAGAGGGACGAGUCUUGCGCAGUUUUACGCAAGGUGUGAAGCAGCUGCAGAUGAGCUGACAGUCACUAACAUCCGGACAGCUGCAUUACGUGGAUUUCUUCAGCAGCUGUCACUCAUGGUGUCCUUACCUUUUCCACUUUGAGCCGCAGUAAGUUUCUCUCCAGCUUCGCGUUCCUCCCCAAACUUCGGUCAGCGGAUCAUUUUUGACAGGAUGGGAUCUCAGCCCGGGGCAUCUCUCUACAAACAGACGCUUCUGUGGUUCAUUGUAGUGUCUCAGUGUGUGCUGACACUGGGAUGUGGACCCCACUAUGAAUACGCCAUCGAGGAGUUCUGUCUGGCCAAGUUCAGGCUGGACAUGCAGGAGCUAGAUCAGAGACGCUGGUGUAAUUGGGAGGACACAGUGGAGCUCUACGGUGACCUGACAAACUGCACGUACCUGGUGGCGUUGAAGAUGGAGUGCUUCUGGCCCAACCAACUGGUGGACGAGUUCUUCAUCCAGGUCCACAAACACUACUUCCAUGACUGCUCGCUCUCUGGAAGGCUCCUCAGGGACCCGCCGAACCGCAUCCUGGGGCCCUUCAUCGCCGUGCCCGUCCUGGUCACUCUUCUCAUGACGGCUCUGGUGGUGUGGAGGAGCAAACGCAGCGAGGGGAUUAUGUAGUCAACAGAAUGUCGGUGGGAUUUUUGGGGAUUGUUCGCAAGACUCAUGCGACUGAAGUGAAGAGGAACAUUUUUGUCCCUAAUGUUGCACCACUCUCAUCUUCAGUAACCAAAGGAUGUUUGUGACAUAUGGAACAGGUGUCAAUCAAAACCAGAAUCUCUACAUUACUACGGACCUGGAGUCACAGCUGAAUGAGAUAUAUAGGUCAAUACAAAGCUACUGCAGCUUUGUCUCACAUGGACUGAAAUCAUUUCACUUUUUACCAAACAAACAGGUGCUCUACUUCUCACCUGAACUCAAUCAGUACCAGAACAGGGACUGGUGGAAAAGUUAUUGCAAACAUAGAAUUUGCUCCAUCAGGAGAAAGUGCUUCAAAAGAAUUUUGGAUGUAAUGGUGCCACUAUUACAUUUGGACAGCAUGAAAAUAACCCUCACAUAUUUAAGCAAACAUCUCCACAGUGCAGAACUUUACAAGGAGAUCUGUUUUUACACUCCAACAAGGAUACAAUGGAACACUUACGCUGACCUCUUUUUAAGAAACCCAGGGACAUCAGAUUGUGUAGAUACAGUACAUAUACUGUGCAAAGGUCUGACACCACUAUGUGAUUUGUUUUGUUGAUCGUAUAUACUUAGUCUCUUUAUGAUAAUACAACCACAAAAUGCAGGAGAUAUGUUUGUAGGUUUUAAAAAAAGAAAGAUUAUCAGGGGAAAAAAAACAGCUUCUACAGGAUAAGGUGUCAAGUUCUGUGUUGCAUCUCGCAUACUUUACGCUGCACUGACUGUACAAAUGUAAAUAUAAAUCAGCAAAAACAGUUGGAGAAUUUUGUCUUUGAAAUGACUCAGCACAAAUGUGCUUCAUAGUUCAUGAACGGUCUAAAAUGACUGUAUCAGAACGAUAUUGGUAUCGGUAUGGUUCAUUAUCAGUUAAACUGGACUGUCGGCGGCGUCAGUUAAUAGCUGUUGUGUGUGUGCGUGCAAUGUUUUGUGCUGAGAAAGGCAAAAAACUGGACAUGGUUGUGGGUGAGAAGACGGAAUCAACUCGGCUUGUACAAGUUAUGGUUGGAAACAAAAGUAUGCAUCAUCUUUUUUUCCCAGUCAAAUCACACUCAAGGUUCUGCUCACACCCCAAUCGCUGUUCAGUCAUAAAUAUCAAACAUGUUUAAUACUUACAAUUUGAAAUCAGGAAGACUCGGAUGCGUCCAAUGACGUUUAACUCGCAGUAUCACUAAACGCAGUGUUGUCUUAAUCCUGCUCCUGGAUUUGGACCCUCCGCUCUGUAUGUUUCAGGAGUUUCCCCGCUCCAACACAGCUGAUUCACAUCAAUGGGUCGUUAUUUGCAGCACUUGAUGACGAGCUGAUCAUUUGAAUCAGGUGUGUUGGAGGAAGGAGGGGGCGUCAUCAUGCAGGGCAGUCCCAGAGGACCAGGAUUGAGAAACACUGAUUUAAGACAUGCCUGAGCAUUAUAUACACAUUGUGUGAGCUGAACUCAUUGGACGUUCGCUAAUAUAUAAAGGCCAACAAACUGUAAACUGAAAAUGUGGUAUUUCUUCUGCAAAGUGUCAGUCAUCAUCUACCGCUUUAUCCUCUGCCAGAGGGUCGCGGGGGGUGCUGUGCCAAUCUCAGCUACAUCGGGCGAUAGGCGGGGUACACCCUAGACAGUUCGCCAGUCCAUCGCAGGGCCACACACACAGCUAGAGACAAACAACCAUUCACUCUCACACUCAUGGUCAAUUUAGAGUGUCCAAUUUACCUAAUCCCCACAUUGCAUGUUUUUGGACUGUGGGAGGAAGCCGGAGAACCCUGGGAGAACCCACGCACACACGGGGAGAACAUGCAAACUCCAUGCAGAAAGGCCCUUGUUCCAAUCGGGGCUCGAACCCGGGUCUUCUCGCUGCAAGGCGAGAGUGCUAACCACUACACCACCGUGUGACCCUCUGCAAAGUGUAAUGCAUUGAAAUUAUAAUCUGAGAGAAACAGUUAGCAGUCAUGGACUAAAGCACAAGUUUAAUUAAGAAAAUUCAAAAGUCCAAAUUAAGUUAUGUUAAGAUAUAGACAAGGGAGGUCACGCUACGGACUCGUAAUUUUGUUCUUAUUAAUUUAUUUAAAUUUACAUAUUUUCAGUAUUUCCUAGUUGGAUCUUGGCCCUUAGAACACUCUUUUUUUUUUUUCAAUGACUAUGUUAAAACGUACAGUAUAUACAGAGGCUAUAAGAAUGUGCAAUAUAGAGUGUCUUAUAUACUUUUUUCAGCACAACCUAGGCAAAAAAAAAAUGCAAUUUUCACCAACUAUAUAAACACACCUGAGCAUAAAGUACUCCAAUUUAAAAUUAGUUCACUUUCUGUUCAUUUUUAUGAACAAAAAGAGGAAAAGGGAUUUGUUAUUUUGUGACUUCUGCACAAUUAUUACUACUUUAUAUCACUACAAAAAUUAAUAAAGAGACCAGGGAAAAUAAGUAUGGAUGGCCAUUAAAACAAAGCGGUGGCCUGACUUUUGCACAGUAGUGUCUUCAGUAUGCACAAGAUGACAUGAAUCAGCCAGUGGGUUCUCACAAAUGUCUUUGUAACACAACCAAGAUGACAAACCACUAAAUUAAUGUCUGUUGCUGAUUUUAACAGAUGUGUGUUAAAAGAAUAUUCUUAAUGCAGAUGGUUCAUUGUCAGGCUGUCAUCGUGGGAGUGUAAUUAGUUUAAAUUUUCUCUCUUUGUGUUACAUACCUGCAGCUCAGUCUUGCUACUGGCUUCCAUGGCACGCCGAGCAAAAAGUGCAGAAGAAACCACCGUCACAGACCGAAGAUUGGCACAUGUGCUGUACAGGAGAGAGAUGCACAGACAGACAGGUCACUGUGUGUGGGUCCAGGCUCCAAUUAGGAUCAACUGUGAUGAUUGUGUUCUGCAGCUUCCAUCCCCCAUCACCAAGGAAACUAGAAUGAAGAAAAUGCCACAUAAUUAUAAUACGGAUAAAAGUUAGGGACUGCAGAGAGAUAACAUUCAGAAAAAAAGUAUCCCAUAUAUUCCCAUAUUUAUUUGAAUGACAAUGUGAUGAAAGAAUUAGUACAAACAGCAGAAAAAUUACUUUUUUGACCUAAGAAAGAACACGACAUUGCACAUUACUGUUGAAUGUUGCCAUAGCUUAAAGCAGUGUGUGCGUGUGUGUGUGUGUAUCAUAGUCCUGAAGUUGUUUUUAUUGAUUUAUGAUCUCCCUGUGUGGUAAUGCGUGCUGUGUGAACUGCUUCCCCAUUGAUAUUUUUGAACGCUUCCUUUCCUUCAUAGAUUUAAUGACCUGUAACCCGCGCCUGUCAGCAAAAACACACUUUAAAAACACACACCCACACUUCAUGAUUUUGUACUUUGUGCCAAAAUAGAGUUCACAGAGUGUUUGCUCUGAAGUUGUCUUUCUGUUGGUGUGGUGUGUGACGUGAUCAUGAAAGAAAAAAGUCCAAUAAAUACAUCUGACACUUC